AUGGCCGCAUCCACCCUGUCCGUCUGCUCCAAUGGCCUGAGCUACGGCAGCCGGGCCUGCCUGCCCGGGUCCUGUGACUCUUGCAUGGACUCCUCCUGGCAGGUGGACGACUGUCCAGAGAGCUACUGUGAGCCUUCCUGCUGUGUCCCCAGCCCCUGCCUGACCCUUGUCUGUGCCCCAGUGAGCUGUGUGUCCAGCCCCUGCUGCCAGGUGACCUGUGGGUCCAGCCCCUGCCAGUCAACCUGCACCAGCUCCUGCACACCCUCGUGCUGCCAGCCCUCCUGCUGUACCUCCUCCCCCUGCCAGCAGGCCUGCUGUGUGCCCGCCUGCUGCACACCCGUCUGCUGUAAGCCAGUCUGUUGUAGGCCUGUCUGUUGCAAACCUGUCUGCUGCACACCCAUCUGCUGCAAGCCUGUCUGUUCUGGGGCCACCCCCUGCCCAGCCCCUUUGAGCUGCUGCAGACCCUCCUCCUGCGUGUCCCUCAUCUGCCGCCCCGUGUGCAGGCCUGCCUGCUGCGUGCCCGCCUCCUCCUGCUGUGGCCCCGCCUCCUCCUGCCAGCCCAGCUGUUGA